CAUUGUCAAACAGUUGUGUUUAGGGCCUGUAGAAGCAAAGUUAAAACCCAACCACACCCAUCAUUCAACUUUACUCUCUCUCUCUGAGAAAGAAGUAGGAAGAAAGAAAAAGCUUUUCAUACCUCUCUCUUUCAGCUUUCAUGGCCGAGGGACAGUGAUAAUUUCAAAAGAGGAGAUAUUAGCUGGGUUGACGUCCAAGGCCCGGCACCACCAGACCGUCGAUUACGGAAUUCUAGAGAGAGAAACAAACAGUGGAAGUAGAAACUCUGUUGCUGGUAUUAAAAAGGUCAAACAAACAAUUUCUUUUUUAGCUUCUUCAAUUCUCUUCAUUUCACCUCCUACCCUUCUCUCCUCUCCCUUUCUCCAUCUUUUCUCUCUUAGCUUUCUCCUUCUCUUGCCUCCUUUAUCCUCUCUGCUCACUCUCCGCAGUUUAUCAACUCCAAUUUGGUUUCGUUUUGGCUCCUCGUGGAGUCGUAUCUGCUUUCCUGCACAAACCCAUUUGGAAAGCGAUCGAAAACAAGGAGAAAAGCUUUUUAUCAUUGGUUGUUUGACUGAUUCUUCAUCUGGGUCUUCAAUUUUUUGGGAUUCACGGCUUGUUUCUUUGAUCCCACCUCCACUUUUUCUGUAAUUCUGCUCAGUCUCCCAUGGAAAAGGAGAAGCUUUUUAUGAAUUCUGGUAGCCCACCUCCUCUGAGCUAUGCCGCCUCUUCUUCUUCGCCACCCCCAACCUGGCAUUCUGCGUCUUCUGGCAUGGACGUUCAAGUUGGAGAGCUGAAUUGUUCUUCAGAGCAAAUGCGCAAUUGUUAUGUCAACCUUAAUUGGGAGAAUUCAAUGGAUCAGAGCGGUGCAUUCGAAUCUUCCCUGAGCUCGAUGGUCUCCUCCCCUGUGGCAUCAAAUGCUACCAUCCAUGGCGGCCCCCUCGCCCUCAGAGAACUGAUUGGAAGAUUGGGAAACAUGGGGAACUCUGGCGACAUCUCGCCGCAGUCUCAAACGUUAGGAGGAAGUGCAGUUUCUUAUAUUGGGGGGAAUAACAGUACCAACACUUCCUGUUAUAGCACCCCAUUGAAUUCACCACCCAAGCUUAACCUCUCCAUGAUGGAUCAACAGCUCAGGGGAAAUUUACCCAUUUUGGGAAAUUCAAUGCCAACUCAUCCCAGUUUAGUCCCAUUCUCUACCGAUCCCGGAUUCGCCGAGAGGGCUGCCAGGUUCUCCUGCUUUGGCAAUGGAAAUUUCCGUGGUCUACCAUGCCAAUUCGGCUUUAAUGAAAAUGAAUUCUCAUACAGACCAGCACCAAGGCUGGAAAAUGGGAAGCUUUCUAGAGUCUCCAGCAGCCAGUGUCUCAAGGCUGCUGGAUCUCAGUUGGGUGGUCAGGAGAACAAGGAGGCCCAGUUGCAAGAUGGGUCUGAGACGGAAAUGAGAUCUGCAGCUGCUGCUUCAGCUCUGGCUUCAGAGAGGAAAUUCAGUAAACUACCUGGAUCAUCUACCCCAGAGAGUGCGGAAUUCGCAAGUGCCCGAGAGGAAUCAUCAGCUUCCGAGCAGAUCCCAGGUGGGGAGGCCGGCUUGAAAGGCUCCAACGAUGCUAAUACUAGAAAAAGAAAAGCAGCUCCAAGGGGGAAAGCAAAGGACCCAUCAUCAUCUCCCUCCGGGAAGGAUGAAAAGACUGCAUUAGAGAAAGAGGACCAAAACGCAAAGAAAUGCAAAUCUUCUGACAGCACUGGAAAUGAAAAUAAUGAGUCAAAGGCAAAGGCAGAACCUUGUGGGAGUAAUAACACUGCAGGGGAUGCGGAUCAAAAACAAUCUAAAGAAACCCCAAAGCCUCCAGAGCCUCCAAAGGACUACAUACAUGUUAGAGCAAGAAGAGGCCAAGCUACAGACAGCCAUAGUCUUGCGGAAAGAGUAAGGCGAGAGAAGAUCAGUGAGCGGAUGAAAUUCCUUCAAGAUCUUGUCCCAGGUUGCAAUAAGGUAACUGGCAAAGCAGUUAUGCUAGAUGAAAUUAUAAAUUAUGUUCAGUCACUGCAGCGCCAAGUCGAGUUCCUAUCCAUGAAGUUAGCCACUGUGAACCCCAGGCUGGACUUCAACAUGGAAUCUCUACUUUCAAAGGAUAUACUUCAAUCACGGGGGUCUUUGCCACAUACAGUAUAUCCAUUAGAUUCUUCGGCAUCAACCUUUCCAUAUGCACAACAUACCCAGCAAGGACUACCCCUACAGAGCAGCAUUUCUAAUGUAACAGAAACUCACUGCUCAGUGAACCCAUUAGAUGCCGCACUGCGUCAAAAUGUAGGCAUGCAGUUUCCUCCUGCUGAUGGGUUUGGAGAAUCUGCUCCUCGGGUUGGAACAUUCUGGGAAGAUGACCUCCAAAGUGUUGUUCAGAUGGGUUUUGGACAGAACCAGAGUCAAGCAGUAUUCCAUCCUCAAAGUUUCCAUGGCUCAUUGCCUACUGCCCACAUGAAAAUUGAGCUCUGAUCACCAUUGACUACUAUUCAAUUUGAUCAGGCCCCAGUAAGAGACGCAUUUGUAUAUACAGACAGAAGUUCAUUCCAACCGGCCCAUAAGAUCCUGAACUAUGUCAAUCAAUCAUUAGGAACUAGCAAGAGAAUAUUUUCCUUUUUUCUUCCCUUUUCUUUUUGUUCAUCUGCAACUCAUUCUUUGGGGAAUUCUUACAAGUAUGAUUGUAAAAUUUUAGAACUAAUUGCAUCCUGUGGUGUAAAUUAUUGUAAGUAACACCACAUGUAAGAUGUAACGUGGUAAGAAAAAGGAAGAAGGGUGGGAGGGGAGGGAGGGAGGAAUUUUGCCACCAUCUUCCGAUCCAACCUUGUUGGGCAUAUUACCUUACCAUUCAGAAAUAUUACUAUUAAUUCAUUGAGACUUUUUUUUUCUAAUGAUAAUGUCUCUUUCUUCUUUCACUGUUACUGUUGUAAUUAAACCAGAAAUAUAGAAUAUUGGUACCUCCAUUGGAUGAUUGGAAUGUCA